UUGAGCAGAGAGGGAGAACUGGAGAAGGGAAUGGACGCUCCUUCAGAAGGGGUGGAUGAGACGGAGCUCGAAUCUCAGGUCUACAUGGCAUGUAUCAUGCAAGGGCACCGAGUGGGGAUUGCAUAUUAUGAUGUAGGCAUCCACCAACUUCAAGUGCUGGAGGUAUGGGAGGAUGGAACAGAUGACUUUCCGCUAAUUAAUCUUGUGAAAUACCAAGCAAACCCAUCAGUGAUUUACACAAGCACUAAAGCAGAAGAAUCGUUUCUCUCUGCUUUGAGAAAGAAAGAUGGGAGCCAUGAUUUUGAAGUAAAGCUUGUAAAAAGCUCAAUAUUCAGCUACGAACAAGCUUGGCACAGAAUGCUAUAUCUUAGGCUCACCGGAAUGGAUGAGGCACUGAGCACCAAGGAAAGGGUUUGCUUUCUCAGUUCGUUUAUGAAUAUGAGAAGUGAUGUCCAAGUUCGUGCAACUGGAGGGCUUCUUGCCAUACUGGAAAAUGAGAGGCUUGUGGAUAUUACUGAACAGAAUGAAUGUGAAAAUGCAUCAAUAACCAUUGACCAUAUCCUAGAGAUUUCACUAGACAAGUUCUUGAAACUUGAUGCAGCUGCCUAUGAAGCACUGCAGAUUUUCCAAGUAGACAAGCACCCAAGUUGCAUGGGCAUUGGGAAGGCUAAGGAAGGGUUUUCUGUUUUUGGGGUACUUAACAAGUGUGUCACAACAAUGGGCAGGCGCCUCAUGAGAAGUUGGUUCUUAAGGCCUAUGCUUGAUCUUGAAGUUUUGAAUGAGCGCCUUGACAUUAUUUCAUUUUUCCACUUCUGUGAAGAAUCAACCAUGGCAUUGCGUGGAAGUCUUAAGCAUGUAAAGGACAUUCCUCGAGUGCUGAAGAAAUUCAACUCCCCAAGCUAUAUAGCUUCAUCAGAUGGCUGGAACACUGUUAUAAAGAGCAUAAGUUCACUCUUGCACAUAAGAAACAUUUUCGAAGUUGGAAUAGGAGAUAGGCUGCAAGGGCGUUCAGAGUGCUUGACUUUGCAGAUUGUUGACAAGGCUUAUUCCUCUAUUACAUCGGAGUUGAUACGCCUCUAUGAAUUGGUAAUGGGUGUAAUUGAUGUAUCUCUUAGCAAGGAAAGAGGUUAUGGAACAAUGAUUAGACAAGGAUUUUGUGAAGAGUUGGAUGAGUUGAGAACUAUAUAUGAUGAAUUGCCAGACUUUCUGGAAAAGGUUUCUGCUGUUGAGGCAUCACGUCUACCUCCCAAGGAUGGAAACAAAUAUACCUCAUGUAUUGUUUAUAUCCAUCAAAUAGGUUACUUGUUUUGCAUUUUUGAGGAGAAACUCGGGGAAGCCACAUUAGAUUUUCUCCAAGAUUUUGAGUUUGCUUUUUCUGAUGAAGAUGCUGAUGAGAAACAGUUCUUUUACCGGACAUCAAAGACGAGGGAGUUGGAUCUUGCUUUUGGUGACAUUUAUCAUAAAAUUCUUGAUAUGGAAAGAGCAAUUAUAAGGGAGUUAACAUCUCAGACACAAGAUUUCUUUGUUCAUAUACUGGUUGCUGUUAAUUUUGCGGCAGAGCUUGAUUGCUACUUGUCUUUGGCAUUGGUAGCACAGCAAAAUAAUUAUGUCAGACCCAUUCUGACAGAGGAUCCAGUCAUUGAUAUACAAAAUGGCAGGCACAUGUUACAGGAGAUGACAGUGGAUACUUUUGUUCCCAAUGGCACAAGAAUCGAUGACAGUGGUCUAAUAAACAUCAUUACUGGUCCUAACUACUCGGGCAAAAGCAUUUAUAUUAAGCAGGUUGCACUUAUUGUAUUUCUUUCUCACAUUGGAAGUUUUGUGCCAGCAGAGGCUGCAAAAAUUGGACUCACUGAUAGGAUAUUUUGUGCAAUGGGGAGCAAAGUUCUAUCCUGUAAACAGUCAACUUUUAUGAUUGAUCUGCAUCAAAUUGGAACAAUGCUAAGGCAUGCCACGAAAAAAUCUCUAUGUUUGAUAGAUGAAUUUGGUAAAGGAACCCUCACUGAAGAUGGUAUUGGUCUCCUAGGUGGAACAAUACAUCAUUUUGAUGCUCAGCAUCAUCCUCCCAAGGUACUAUUGUGCACACAUUUGUCUGAGAUAUUCAAUGAUGAUAUUCUACCAAAGUCUGCAAAAAUCAAGUUCUACACCACGAGUGUUCUACAGUCCAAUAUUGAUGCAAAGCAAGGAGAUAUUGUCUUCCUGUACCGGCUUGUCCCAGGACGUUCUCUUUUGAGCUUUGGUCUGCAUUGUGCUGAACUUGCUGGGUUACCUAAGGAAGUACUUCAAAGAGCAUCCUUCAUCCUGAACGCGCUUGAGAGUGACAAACGAAUUGGCCGCCUUCGCAGCGAAAAAUUAGCAUCUAAGGAUCAAAAGUACAGGGAGAUAGCGGAGAAGCUACUGGCAUUUGAUGUUUCUAAGGGUGACGUGAAGCUUUUCUUGAGGGAUCUUGCCAUCUAGGCAGUAGAGAGAGGUUAACAUAUCCUUCCGUUCGGUUGGUUAAUUGGGUGUAAGAUUGAACUAAUGAACGUCCACCCUUUCGUUAAUUGGGUGUACGAGUCUUUUUUUUUUUUUGGUUCUUUUUUCCCCUUCGAAAUCGCAGGCACUUUAAUUCGUUCGGGUGGAGGAGGAAAUAUAACUGGAAAGUGGACUAAUGGACAGACGAGCCUGCUCAAGCUCCACAAGCCUAGGCGUACUUUCGCGCUCCUAGACAGGCACCCCUAAGGGCUUGUUUGGUUGGAAGGAAAGGGAGGGAAAGGGAGAGAUUGAGCAAUCCCUCUUGUGUUUGGUUGGCUAAUUAGAAAGGAGGGAAAGGAAGGGAAAGAGAGAAAGUCUGUUUGGAUGGGAGGGGAGGGAAAGGAAAGGAAAGGAUUGUAUAGUGUAAAUUCAAUCCCUCCCAAAUCGGACGGAUUGGGAGGGAAAGGAAAGGGAGUAAGUACAAAAGUGUUGACUGCCCACAAUACCCCUCCACGUUUUUCCUUCCAACCUUUUGACUAUUGAGGGUAUUAUUAUAAAUUGUAUCGUUUCCUUUCCAUUCCAUUCACUUUUAUCCAAACAAGCUUUUAUAAUCACCUCUUUCCAUUUCAUUCCAUUCCCUUCCCUUUCUCUUCCCUUCCCUUCCCUUUCCAUUCCUUUCCCUCCCUUUCCCUUCAUCCCUUUCCUUCCCUUUCCAUUCCUUUCCCUCCCUUUCCCUCCAUCCCUUUCCUUCCCUUUCCCUCCAACCAAACAGGGCAUGGUAGUUGCAUGAAGUGGUGGAGUGAAGUUAAAAUUGGCUUCUCAACCUAACCGGUCGGCACUCGGCAGAAGGAUCCGGACGAACUGGAACCGUGUAUGGUAGU